CAGGUUAGCUAGCUUAGGUAACAUGGUACAAGCUGAAAUAUAUUUAGACCAGGCCAUAUAAACUAUCAACAAACAGUUGGAAUCAAUAGUUUGAACGAAACGAACAAUGAAAAUAAUCGGAAUUUUGCUAUUAGUCAUUGUUGGCUGUUAUGGCCUGAUUGAUAAAUGCCCGGGAUCAGAUUUGAAGAAAGUUUUUGGAGAUUGCCUGAAGGAGUAUGGCGGGGAUAAGGCUCUUUUAGCCGACUGGAUUGCCCACAAGGAUGCCAACGAUGAGAAAGGCAAGUGUUUCCGUACCUGUACCAUGAGAGACUGUGGCUGGUUCGAUGAAAAUGGCAAACUUACCGAAGAAGUUCUUCUAAGGGCCGCCUAUGUUCUAUACGGUGGUGAUGAGAGUAAAAUCCCGAGAAUUUUGGAAGCUGGCAAGAAGUGUCUGAAUUCCAUAAAAUAUGAUGAGAAGGAUAUAUGUAAUACCGGCGAAAACUGGUCCAGAUGCAUUCUUGGAACUUGCAAGGAUUGUGGCUUAGAUUUGGCUGCUGCAAUUUAGGUCCUCAUAAAAUAUGGAAGAAUAAAAUAUUUUGUACAUACUUUUGAGGGCGGACGAGGUGAUGGGAAAUUUUCCCAAAAUCCAAAAAAUGCAUAUUCCAAAAUUAUCAGUUUCUCGACUGUGAAGAAACACCACAUGUGUACAAUUGUUGUAGAAUAAAGUUAUAUGAAUUUUUGAAAUUAUGAAA